GUGGUGUACAGUAGACCCGGUUCGAUGUUCCUACUUUAGGGCAGCCUCGGAUAUCUCAAUACCGCCAUCCUGUUGUUGUAAAAUCCGAUUUUUUUUAUGUUCGAACAAGACGUACCUUUCCAAAACCCGGAACGACAAUAUAAUACUUAAGAUCACGACAUAGCAAGUAUAGGAAUACGACUUUAAUUGCGAUAUAUUUGGGACCAUUUUCCGGAGCCUUGGAUGCUUUUUCAUAGCUGACAUUUCAUUCGGGAUUUAGACCGAACAUAUUUUCUUAUCUUUGAACAUUUUUACAUACAACCACCAAACCUUUAAUUCCUGCAGGAAUAGGUUUACGAAGAAACAUUGUAGCCUACCCCGUCUAAACGGCACCAGUUCUAGAACCAGGACCAGUUCCAGAACCAGUUCUAGAACCAGAACCAGUUCCAGAACCAGUUCUAGAACCAGAACCAGUUCCAGAACCAGUUUCAGAGAUACAUCUCUUCAAUUUGGAUCAGUAAACAUGAUUGGACUGAAGUACAAUGUGUCUCUACCCAUGGCUGCAGGGGCCCUGUUAGUGGGCAUCCCCUACUCCAUCUCUCUCGUGGCCCAGUGGAUGUAUGGCUGGCCGAACAAGCCUGGCUAUAAAAAGUACAUUGAGGCGCUGAAGCCAAGGAGGAUAUACUGUCUUACUAGAGCUGUGCUGGAGAUGCUGAAAUACUUCCAGUACGGCAAACUCUACUUCCAGUGGAAGUCCUGGUACAAGAAUGUAGAAAACCACAAGCAUUAUGAAAAGGGCAUCACGUUUGGUCGUCGUAGCAACCGGCUGGACUUGUAUUAUUCUCCCACGGUGGGCCAGCCAGGCAGUGGACCGGUGCCCGUGGUAGUGUUUAUAUACGGGGGAGGCUGGGGUUCAGGGGAGAGGUCCAUAUACUGUCUACUGGCCAUGCAGAUGGCUAAGGAGCUCAGCGCAACGGUGAUCUGCCCGGACUAUUGCACCUACCCAAAGGGUAAUGUUUUGUGUAUGGUUCAAGAUAUUGCCGACUGUCUCGUUUGGGCGAGGGAGAACGGCCAUAAGUUCAACUUUGACAAAGAUAACAUGGUGUUAAUCGGCCACUCCGCUGGGGCUCACCUAGCAGCUCUAACCGUGCUGUUCAUGGUCGAGGGACGAGACGAGCUCUUUAUAGAAGCCAAGAAGCAGACAGAGAUCACCAUGGCAAUCAGAGGAGUUACAGGUUUAAGUGGCGUGUACAACAUAAUGGACCACUACGAGCAUGAACAGAUGAGAGCUGUGGAGUAUGUCUCUACGAUGCACAAAGCCAUGAACGGACUAGAGAACUUCCCUUAUUAUUCACCCACACACCUACUGAAGGAAUUCAGCGAGGAGCAACUGAAAAGAGUGCCACCUUUCUGCUUGCUGCACGGAACGAGUGACAUCAUAGUUCCGGAGGCAUCUUCCCAGCGGUUCUCUGAGCUGCUCACCUCCCUCUCGAUCAAGGCGUCCCUGUACCUCAUGCCUAAAAUGGACCACACCGAGAUUGUCACCGAUCUCAUGGCGACAGACAGGCACUUCUACAACACAGUGUACAGCUGCAUCAAACAGGAGUACAGCAAGUUCAUAGGUCAGGUCUGUCACUGCUGAGCGUUCUUCUAGACCGGUCUUCUACACAACAAGGAAACUAUAACUUAACUUCAAUACAUUAUCCAUUCAUUAAUUCAUGAUGUGCCGCAAUUCUUCGUUUACAUCUUUUCAGUAGCAUU